GAGAAGAACCGGCUGCUUACACCGGCCGACAAACAACAAGACAUCGCCUUCUAUCAAGACCAACGCGGAGAAAGAAAAGCGUUCAUGAGUGGUAACGAUAAGAUUUUUGCCGCUAAGAAGAGAAAGCAGGAGGAACGAGUCGAGAAGCCAAGGUCGAAACAGGGAAGGUUCGCAGUCUGUGAACCAAGCAGCAGUGAUUCGAGACCUCAAACCUCUGUGGUGGCUGACACCCCAACGGAAGUAGAAAUGGAGAAAAAGGACGCAGUGAUACAACCUGGCAGGUACACAUCAAAGCACCCUUAUGUGACGGUUCAGCUUCCACGUCGCAUUCUCCAAGAGCCAGCAUUAAAGGAACUCGCUGACCGUCUUCGGAUAUCCAAUAACGAAAUAGUUUCGGUGGUUGCAGCAGUGCUGCGCUCUGCUAACCCGCCAGGCGAUCUGUCUGAGUUCCGGAUCUCGAGAGAGACUGCGAGACGGGCGCGAGCUUCACACCGUCGUCAGGUAGCUGCCGCACAAAGGGAAGCCUUCACGCCUCCACCACAUGCAGUGGUGCACUGGGAUGGUAAGCUGGUUAAGAACGUCGUGGGAGAAGAACACCGACAGGCCAUCUUCAUCUCAGGGCGCGGCCAUGAGGAAGGGAAGCUGCUUGCUGUCUUGCCAGUGAAGGACGGCACUGGCCUGACCCAGGCACGCGCAACAGCUCGUGCUAUCGAGGACUGGAGCUGCGCUUCAAACGUAAAGGCACUGUGCUAUGAUACAACGUCGUCCAACACAGGGCGAGUCCAAGGUGCGGUUGUCCAUCUGGAGGCGCUGCUGGAAAAACAGCUGUUGAGGCUUGGGUGCAGACACCACGUCAUGGAACUGGUGGUGAGAGCCGCUGCCAGCAACAUCUUCGGCAAAACAUCGGCCCCUACGGACCCUCUCUUCCAGACUCUUAAGAAAAGGUGGAGUCAACUAGAUCACUCUCAGUAUCUCAGGCUGGACAUUGCAAAUCUACCAGAGUCUGACUGGCUCAGUCACCUCUGACAUAGGACCGUUAGCUACCUGCUGACCGUCACAGAAUGGGCCAGAGAGGAUUACCGAGAAGCGGCAGAACUAACGCUCCUCGUCCUCGGUGUGAAUCCUCCGCGCGGCACGCACUUUCUGCGUCCAGGCGCAUGUCACCACGCUCGCUGGAUGGCGAAGAUCAUAUAUUACCUCAAGAUUUACAUGUUUAGCCACCAGCUAGAGCUCAGCAGUGACCUGUGCGUCAAGCUGCAGAGGAUGGCGAUCUUUGAGUCUCUGCUGUACACACCGGCGUGGCUGAAAUCACCAGUAGCUAAGGAUGCGCCUGUGAAUGACCUGCAACUGCAUCACGAACUCCUCCGCUACAGGGCCGUGGACUGUGAGGUGGCUGAUGCGGCGCUGGCGAUCGCGAGCCGCCACCUGUGGUAUCUAAGGCCACAGACCGUCGUUCUGUCGCUGUGCAGCGAGAAGUUGAGUGUGGCAGAGAAAAAGGAGAUGGCGACCAAAUUGAGCUGCCUAGAAGAAACGAACGACUACGCCAACGGCAACUUGGUCAUCCAACAGACUACACGGCUUUCCGACCUGAUAGAUGAACGUUCAUGGAUGAUCUUCAAGGAGCAUCAUGUGUGCGGCACAGCAUGGCUGAAGUCACCGGUGGAAGACUGGGAGAAAAACGAAGAGUUCAUGAAGCUGAAAGAUUUCUCCAG